GUGUGGGGCUCUGGGGAUGGGGUGGGAAAUGCUGGCCACCUGGCAGGAGGGAAGUGGAACUAAAAUCAUUUCCCGAGGUUAAAUACAAAGUGCUUAGGGCAGGGGUUUGACCACAUGGAGCCACUGUCCCAGGUGAAGCUAAAAGUAGAGCAUUUCUCGGCCCCCAUCCCAGGCAGAUGUGUUAUGGGUGGUGGGCAGGAAAGGGAUACUAGUCCUGAUGCCCCCUGUCCUCAGGGCAUGGAACCUUCUCACAUCUUGAUCAUUUGGGAGUUCUGAUUCAAGGGGCAUGGGGAGAGCCUUUUCCCUUUUCUCCUCACCAUCUCAUUUUUUAAUCUUAUUUCUGGUUCUUUGUCCUCUUGGGAACAUGGUAGCAUUCCUACAUACCAAGUCAAUGUCCAGCCAAGCAAACAUGGACAUCGUGUGUGUGUGUGUGUGUGUGUGUGUGUGUGCGCGCGCGUGUGCGCGCGCGCUGCCUGGUAGUUAAGAGCAAGGCCUUUGAAACCAGAAAGAUCUGUAUUAAGUUCUCUUGUGUCCACUUCCUGCUGGUGCCCUUGGGCCUCUGAGUCUCAUCAAUAAAGUUAGAACAAUCCUACUUACCUACCACGCAGAGCUAUAGGAGGCAGCAAGUUAAUGUUUGUACCUGGCACACAGUGGAAACAGCUACAUAACUUUUCUAAGCCGCAUUUCCUUAUCUAUGAAAAGGGAUGAUAAUGGUGCUUGCAUUACAGGGAUUCUGAGGCUUAAAUGAGCCAGUAUAGGUAAAGCACUUGGCUCCGAUUCUGAGGCUUAAAUGAGCCAGUAUAGGUAAAGCACUUGGCUCCGCGCCUGGCAGUAAGUUAGUGCUCCGUAAACAGUGGCAUCAUCAUGUGUUUUCUCAUCUCACCGGGAUGGUCUAUACUGGCCUGUUUUGUAAACAACUCAACACCUUUGAGGGUUGAUCUGUCUCUGCAGAGUUUUGAGUUGGGGACUCCUGAGUUAGGAGCCCGGCGUGGGUGCGAGGAGGGCAGAGGAGCCCUGCCUGAGGGCUAGGGCGCUGGGGGAUGGGAGGAGUUAGCGAAGCCAUGUGGGUAUUUGUGACUCAUGUUUGUGUCGCCCAAGGGGAGAGUCGGGGGCCGGUAAGACGGUUAACACCAAGCGUGUCAUUCAGUACUUUGCCAUCGUCGCCGCCCUGGGAGACGGGCCGGGCAAGAAGGCCGUAAGACUCGCCCAUGCGGGCGCUGCUCCCUGCUGCUUCUCACUAUUUUUCUUUUCUUUCUCCUUUUUUUUUUUUUUUUUUUUUUCUUUUUUUCUUUUUUUCUUUUUCCCCUUUUUAAAAAGUUGAUUUCUCCAGCCCUGCCUAAGCCUCCCACCCUGGUGGUAGACUCUGGCCUGAGCAAGGCUUGAUCGGAGCGGCUGUGGCCAUUCUUGGUCACACCGUUCGGCAUAGUUCCAGGCUUGCCUCGCUGUUCCCAUCCAUAACACAGAGGGGUGGGAUGCCAUUGUUAUUCCUAAACAUUUUAUAUAAUUUUUCCCUUCCAUCAUGACUUUCAUAUUUUGAAAGCACUUACCACAUAGGCUGCUUAUCUACCAAGAAGUGAUUGUUUUUUUGGUUUUCAUGUACCAAAGACACAGUUUAUACAGAGGUCAACCAGAGCCAAGGGUACUUGGCAUUCCCAUCAGCCAAGGUUUUGGGGCAGUUUUGUACCCUGUGAUUUCUGUAUGGUUUUUGAAAUUUCCUGAAGCAAUGGGGGACCAGUGUUUUAUUUUGUUUUUGUUUUUAGGGUACAAAAUUCAUUCUUAGCCCCAGGCCAACUGUUCAGAGAUCGGCUUGGGUCCCCUCACCCCCAAAAUUGGUUGCCUUUUAUUUCCAGAAGCCCAUGGCCUCUUCCUACACAGCCCCCACUCCUGGUCUUGUCGAGCCUUGCUUUUAUUCUGGAGCAUUUUUCUUUUUUCCAUUUAAAGUUUUUUUCUUUUUCUUUCUUUUUCUUUUUUUCUUUCUUUUUUUUUUCUUUUCUUUUCUAUUUCCCCAUUUGGUUUUCUUGUAUUUUCUUUUUGUUUCUGUUUUGUUUUUUUUUGUUGUGGUGGUGGCUGUUUUUAUUGUUUUGUUUUUGCUGUUGCCUUUUUGGUACUCUUUCCUCCCUCCCUGCCACUCCGUUUUCCAAAUUCUCAAAGUGUCUCUGAGGAUGCUGCAGAAAGUUGGGGCUUGGUCCAGGGACAGGAAUGGAGGGCAGGGAGCUGGUAGGGAUGCAGCUAGGAUGGGUGGGGGUAGUGGGCUCCUGGGCAGAAAGAAGCCCUGCAUCAUGGAGUUGUGGUGGCAUGGGAGCUGUCAGGCAGGGUAGGGGUGGAGAGAAAGGCCGCCCCACAGGAGCAUAAAGGCCUUAUCAACUCCCCUCCCUUUGGACCCAAAUAUGACCACAUCUGCCCUGGACAUGAGCAUGUGGGGUGGAGCUCAGGGGAGGGCCUCCUGCCAUCCCUGCUGCACCUGUCCCUACAGCAGUAUCUUGGGUGGGGGGUGGGGUUAAGUCUUGGGCUCCCUAUAGGUGAGUGAAUAACAAAGUUCCCUGGCAUGGGAUAGGUAUCAUGGCACCCGCCACAUCAGAAUCCAUUCUUUCCUUUUCUCCCCCCUUUUUUUUUUUCCCCAGGCAGCUGGGAUCCAGGGUAGAGAAGAGAAAGAAAGGGAAAUGGAGGGAAGAUAGGGAUGAGGCAGUGGGAGGGUCCCCUCUGUUCAGUAAGUCCCUCUAGAGGAGACAUACAGGUGGCUCUCGGCAUCGUGGGCAGCAGGAUGCCUGGGCUCAGUGUCUGCAUGGCUCCCGACUUACUGUGUGGCCUUGAGCAGAUCAGUUUCCUGCUUGUUGGAGUCUUAGUUCCCUCAUUUGCAUUUAGGCUAAUAAUAUGCACCUGGCCAGACUAUUUUGACUAAUAGUAGGUGUACAAUUGUACAAUGAAAACACAGCUCAUGAUAAAACAGAGAAAUGUGAAGAAAGGCAGUCAUAGGAGGAGGUGAGAUGUAAGGAGAUUUGGGCAAGAGGAGGUUUCUUUCAGCCUCAGAGCAACAGGGACGCCUUCCUGGAGGAGGGGACAUUGGAGCUGGCUUCUGACAGGGAGUAGGUUUUAGUCAGGAAUCUCUAGGGCCUGGGACAGGCUCGCUUUCUGGGGCGUGGGAAACGAAGGGAUACGGAGGAGGCCAGAGACAGAGCUGAGGUGCUGUGAGUAGGAGACCCCCCCAGACAUAGCCCCUGCCUCAAGCCCCUGACUAGGGCCAUGCUUGUUCCACUUUCCAGCAUUUCUCCUUCUAACAGUCCCUGGAGGGUCAGGCAUGGGGAGUGGGGUGGGGGCUACACAUCUGGGUGACUAACGUUCACUGUCCUCCUAACCACCACCUCCUCCCCUCUCUCCCUGCCUGCCGAGUCCUCACAGCCUCUAAUGUUGUCUUUCUUCUCCUCCCAGCAAUUUCUGGCCACAAAGACUGGGGGCACCCUGGAGGAUCAAAUCAUUGAGGCGAACCCUGCCAUGGAGGCUUUUGGCAAUGCCAAGACCCUGCGGAAUGACAACUCGUCCCGCUUUAUCUCCUGGAGAAGUCUCGGGUAAUCUUCCAGCUGCCCGGUGAGCGUGGCUACCACGUCUACUACCAGAUCCUCUCGGGGAAGAAGCCAGAGCUGCAGGGUGAGGGAAGCAGCGGAUGGGACGGGAGUCAGAGCCCACAGGUCUGACUGGGAGUGGGGCUUCCGGGCCUGUCCUGGCCCCCAUCGAGCCAGGCCCUGAGGUGCCUGCUCCCCCCCUGUUCUGGGCUCUGUGACAUCCCUUCUUUCCCAGGGCCCCAGAGCUCCUAAAAGACCACUCACUUGUCUGGGACUUCUGGCUCUUGUUGAGCCCUCUCCCCCUCAUGUUAGGGAACAGGCCCCUUAAAACCAUCUGCUGUCCUGAGACCAGAGAGGUCCGGCCAGCACCAAGAGAGGAGCCCUGGCUCUGUCUAGACCCAGCUCCUCUCUCUCGCAAGCCCCUCAGGGGCAGACCCUCGUCCUCCCUGUGCCCCAGCGCCCAGCACAGAGGGGCCAGAGGGGUGGCUGCGAGCAAUGGUCAAGGGAUGAAUGAGAUGGAGGGACCGUGGCUCCUUCCUCAGCACCAUAAAGAAGGAGAAGCCCUGGGCAUGGGAGUUCAGGCGAGAAACGCAAGCUCUGAAGUCUUGAGAAGGUCCUAGGCUCUCCUGCCAGGCUGGCCCCCAGGACCCAGCACGCUGGGGUGGGGGGAGAAGGCUAACUGGCAAACAGAGCCAACCUGCCCGUCUCGGCCCCCUCGGCCCCAGACAUGCUGCUCCUGUCCAUGAACCCCUACGACUACCACUUCUGCAGCCAGGGCGUCAUCACCGUGGACAACAUGGAUGACGGGGAGGAGCUCAUAGCCACUGACCAUGCCAUGGACAUCCUGGGCUUCAGCGUGGAUGAGAAGUGUGCCUGCUAUAAGAUCGUGGGUGCCCUCCUACACUUCGGCAACAUGAAGUUCAAGCAGAAGCAACGGGAGGAGCAGGCUGAGGCCGAUGGCACUGAGAGUGAGGGGCCCUGACCCUGGCCCGACCUGGUCAUCACCUUGACCUUGAGGCCAACAUCUAGUCCGUGACUGUUAACCCUAAGCCUUGCCCACAAGCUUUGGCCUCAGUCUUAACCUGGCCUUGAUUAUAAACCCGGACUUAGCAGUUCCAGACCAUCACCCUCCUGAGCUGCACGGUUUGCUGGUCCUGACCUUGACCUCGACCAGCCUCCCUUUCUUAACCCUAGGUUGAGGCCAGUAGAGCUCCCAGGACCCAUUUUCUUGGCCUCCUCCUCAUCUUACCCUUGUGUCCUGCCAGGUGCUGACAAGGCUGCCUACCUGAUGGGGGUCAGCAGUGGGGACCUCCUUAAAGGCCUUCUGCACCCCCGAGUGCGUGUGGGGAACGAGUAUGUGACCAAGGGCCAGAGUGUGGAGCAGGUGGUGUUUGCUGUGGGGGCUCUGGCCAAGGCCACCUAUGACCGGCUAUUCCGAUGGCUGGUGUCAAGGAUCAACCAGACGCUGGACACCAAGCUGCCCCGUCAGUUCUUCAUUGGUGUGCUGGACAUAGCUGGUUUUGAGAUCUUUGAGUUUAACAGCUUUGAACAGCUGUGUAUCAACUUCACCAACGAGAAGCUGCAGCAGUUCUUCAACCAGCACAUGUUUGUGCUGGAGCAGGAGGAGUACAAGCGGGAGGGCAUUGACUGGGUCUUCAUCGACUUUGGCCUGGACCUGCAGCCCUGCAUUGACCUCAUUGAGAAGCCUCUGGGCAUCCUGUCCAUCCUGGAGGAGGAGUGCAUGUUCCCCAAGGCCUCAGACGCCAGCUUCCGGGCCAAGCUCUAUGACAACCACGCAGGGAAGUCGCCCAAUUUCCAGCAGCCACGGCCUGACAAGAAGCGCAAAUACCAGGCCCACUUUGAGGUGGUCCACUAUGCGGGCGUGGUGCCUUACAGCAUUGUGGGCUGGCUGGAGAAAAACAAGGAUCCGCUGAAUGAGACGGUUGUCCCCAUCUUCCAAAAGUCGCAGAACAAGCUCUUGGCUAUGCUCUACGAGAACUACGCCGGCUCCUGCUCUACUGAGCCCCCCAAGUCUGGGGUGAAAGAGAAGCGGAAGAAGGCAGCAUCAUUCCAGACGGUGUCCCAGCUGCACAAGGAGAACCUCAACAAGCUGAUGACCAAUCUGCGGGCCACACAGCCCCACUUUGUCCGUUGCAUUGUCCCCAAUGAGAACAAGACCCCAGGAGUCAUGGAUGCCUUCUUGGUGCUACACCAGCUGCGCUGCAAUGGGGUUCUGGAGGGGAUCCGGAUCUGCCGCCAAGGAUUCCCCAAUAGGCUGCUUUACACCGACUUCCGGCAGCGGUACCGCAUCCUGAACCCCAGUGCCAUCCCGGACGACACCUUCAUGGACAGCAGGAAGGCCACAGAGAAGCUGCUGGGCUCGCUGGACAUCGACCACUCCCAGUACCAGUUUGGCCACACCAAGGUGUUCUUCAAGGCCGGGCUUCUGGGUGUGUUGGAGGAGCUUCGGGACCAGCGUCUGGCCAAGGUCUUGACGCUGCUGCAGGCUCGGGGCCGGGGCCGCCUCAUGCGUCUUGAAUACCAGCGCCUGCUUGGAGGCAGGGAUGCCCUGUUCACCAUCCAGUGGAACAUCCGUGCCUUCAAUGCUGUCAAGAAUUGGUCAUGGAUGAAGCUCUUUUUCAAGAUGAAGCCACUGCUCCGCUCGGCACAGGCUGAGGAGGAGCUGGCGGCCCUGCGUGCAGAGCUGCGGGGGCUGCGAGGGGCCCUGGCCACUGCCGAGGCCAAGCGCCAGGAGCUGGAGGAGACACACGUCAGCGUGACCCAGGAGAAGAACGACCUGGCCCUGCAGCUGCAGGCGGAGCAGGACAAUCUGGCGGAUGCCGAGGAGCGCUGCCACUUGCUGAUCAAGUCCAAGGUGCAGCUGGAGGCCAAGGUGAAGGAACUGAGCGAGCGGCUGGAGGACGAGGAGGAGGUGAAUGCUGACCUGGCCGCCCGCCGGCGCAAGCUGGAGGACGAGUGCACCGAGCUCAAGAAGGACAUUGAUGACCUGGAGCUGACGCUGGCCAAGGCCGAGAAGGAGAAGCAGGCUACGGAGAAUAAGGUGAAGAACCUGACAGAGGAGAUGGCGGCGCUGGACGAGUCAGUGGCCCGGCUGACCAAGGAGAAGAAGGCCUUGCAGGAGGCCCACCAGCAGGCCCUGGGCGACCUGCAGGCUGAGGAGGACCGAGUGAGCGCGCUGGCCAAGGCCAAGCUCCGGCUGGAGCAGCAGGUGGAGGACCUGGAGUGCUCCCUGGAGCAAGAAAAGAAGCUGCGCAUGGACACAGAGCGGGCCAAACGCAAGCUCGAGGGUGACCUGAAACUGACGCAGGAGUCGGUGACAGAUGCUGCCCAGGACAAGCAGCAACUGGAGGAGAAGCUCAAGAAAAAGGACUCUGAGCUGAGUCAGCUGAACCUGCGGGUGGAGGACGAGCAGCUCCUGGGGGCCCAGCUGCAGAAGAAGAUCAAGGAGCUGCAGGCUCGGGCCGAGGAGCUGGAGGAGGAGCUGGAGGCCGAGCGGGCGGCCCGGGCCCGCGUGGAGAAGCAGCGGGCAGAGGCGGCCCGGGAGCUGGAGGAGCUGAGCGAGCGGCUGGAGGAGGCGGGCGGCGCGUCCGCGGGGCAGCGCGAGGGCUGCCGGAAGCGCGAGGCUGAGCUGGGGCGGCUGCGCCGGGAGCUGGAGGAGGCGGCCCUGCGGCACGAGGCCACGGUGGCUGCCCUGCGGCGUAAGCAGGCGGAGAGCGCCGCCGAGCUGGGCGAGCAGGUGGACAGUCUGCAGCGGGUGCGGCAGAAGCUGGAGAAGGAGAAGAGUGAGCUCCGCAUGGAAGUGGAUGAUCUGGGCGCCAGUGUGGAAACUCUGGCUCGUGGCAAGGCCAGUGCAGAGAAGCUGUGCCGGGCCUAUGAGGAUCAGCUGAAUGAGGCCAAGAUCAAGGUGGAGGAGCUGCAGCGGCAACUUGCAGAUGCGAGCACCCAGCGUGGGCGGCUCCAAACCGAGAGUGGGGAGCUGAGCCGCCUGCUUGAAGAGAAGGAGUCUCUGAUCAGCCAGCUGAGCCGCGGGAAGGCCACGGCCACCCAGAGCUUGGAGGAACUGCGGCGGCAGCUGGAGGAGGAGAGCAAGGCCAAGAGUGCGCUGGCCCAUGCCGUGCAGGCUUUGCGGCAUGACUGCGACCUCCUGCGGGAGCAGCACGAGGAGGAGGCUGAGGCCCAGGCCGAGCUGCAGCGGCUGCUGUCCAAGGCCAAUGCCGAGGUGGCGCAGUGGAGAAGCAAGUACGAGGCAGAUGCCAUCCAGAGGACAGAGGAGCUGGAGGAGGCCAAAAAGAAGCUGGCACUGCGGCUGCAGGAGGCAGAGGAAGGGGUGGAGGCCGCUCACGCCAAGUGCUCGUCGCUGGAGAAGGCCAAGCUGCGGCUGCAGACAGAGUCGGAGGAUGUGACCCUGGAGCUGGAGCGGGCGACUUCGGCGGCUGCGGCCCUGGACAAGAAGCAGCGGCACCUGGAGCGGGCGCUGGAGGAUCGGCGGCGGCAGGAGGAGGAGAUGCAGCGGGAGUUGGAGGCGGCCCAGAGGGAGGCCCGCAGCCUGGGCACCGAGCUCUUCCGGCUGCGGCACAGUCAUGAGGAGGCUCUUGAGGCCCUGGAGACGCUCAGGCGGGAGAACAAGAACCUGCAGGAGGAGAUCAGUGACCUCACGGACCAGGUCAGCCUCAGUGGGAAGAGCAUCCAGGAGCUGGAGAAGGCCAAGAAGGCACUGGAAGGGGAGAAGAGUGAGCUCCAGGCCGCACUGGAGGAGGCCGAGGGGGCCCUGGAGCUGGAGGAGACCAAGACUCUGCGGAUCCAGCUGGAGCUCUCCCAGGUCAAGGCUGAAGUGGACCGGAAGCUGGCGGAGAAAGAUGAGGAGUGCACUAACCUGAGGCGCAACCACCAGCGGGCAGUGGAGUCCCUGCAGGCCUCCCUGGAUGCAGAGACUCGAGCGCGCAAUGAGGCCCUGCGGCUCAAGAAGAAGAUGGAGGGUGACCUCAAUGACCUGGAGCUGCAGCUGGGCCAUGCCACCCGCCAGGCCACGGAGGCACAGGCAGCCACGCGGCUGCUGCAGGCCCAACUCAAGGAGGAGCAGGCCGGGCGGGACGAGGAGCAGCGGCUGGCGGCUGAGCUCCGCGAGCAGGCACAGGCCCUGGAGCGGCGGGCCGCCCUGCUGGCUGCGGAGCUGGAGGAGCUGCGGGCUGCCCUGGAGCAGGGCGAGCGCAGCCGCCGGCUGGCGGAACAGGAGCUGCUAGAGGCCACCGAGCGCCUCAACCUUCUGCAUUCCCAGAACACAGGCCUCUUGAACCAGAAGAAGAAACUAGAGGUGGAUUUGGCCCAGCUGAGCGGCGAGGUGGAGGAGGCUGCCCAGGAAAGACGGGAAGCCGAGGAGAAGGCCAAAAAGGCCAUCACCGACGCAGCCAUGAUGGCGGAGGAGCUGAAAAAGGAGCAAGACACCAGUACACACCUGGAACGGAUGAAGAAGACACUAGAACAGACGGUGCGGGAGCUACAGGCCCGGCUUGAGGAGGCAGAACAAGCUGCCCUCCGUGGCGGGAAGAAGCAGGUGCAGAAGCUGGAGGCCAAGGUGCGGGAGCUGGAGGCUGAGCUUGACGCGGAGCAGAAGAAGCACGCUGAGGCCCUCAAGGGGGUGCGGAAACACGAGCGCCGGGUCAAGGAGCUCAUGUACCAGGCCGAGGAGGACAGGAAGAACCUGGCUCGCAUGCAGGACCUGGUGGACAAGUUGCAGAGCAAGGUCAAGAGCUACAAACGUCAGUUUGAAGAGGCGGAGCAGCAGGCCAGCACUAACCUGGCCAAGUACCGCAAGGCCCAGCACGAGCUGGACGAUGCGGAGGAGCGGGCGGACAUGGCGGAAACCCAGGCCAACAAGCUGCGGGCGCGGACCAGGGAUGCCCUGGGCCCCAAGGUGAGGGCUGGUGUGGGGCACCCACCCUGCCCGCUGCUUGGGGGGCAGCUCACUCAGGCGGCACCCUUUUCCCCUCAGCACAAGGAGUGAAGCCCAAGUCCCUGGGCUCUGAAGAGGGACAGCUGCUUGAGCUGCGGCCGCCCCAAGCCCUGCUGUCCCCUGCCUGAAUAAAUGCCAUGGCUGCAGCUCCAACUGCCUUCCUUCUCAUUCUCUGGGGUUCAGAGGGGGACGGAGCACAUGGUCCCAUGGACAAAAGUCAGGUCCACAUCAGUCAUUUAAAAUAAAUUCUUUAAUAGUCUCCA